AUGUUGGGUGGUGGAAAUGCAAUAUUACAUGAUUAUGGGGAUGCCCUUGCAAAAAGCAUAUUAUAUUAUGAGGGGCAAAGGUCGGGAAAGCUUCCGCCUACGCAGCGUGUGACAUGGAGAAAGGACUCGGCUCUUUGCGACGGGCGCGACAAGGGUGUUGACCUAAGCGGUGGAUACUACGACGCGGGCGACAACGUUAAGUACAACUUCCCGAUGGCGUUCACGAUAACGAUGAUGGCUUGGGGAGUGAUCGAACACGGCAAUUCCAUGGGCCCGGAGCUGCCACAUGCACUGGAGGGGGUGCGGUGGGCCACGGACUACUUCAUGAAAUCCACGGCGGCCGCCCCCGACAUCAUUUACGCUCAGGUGGGAGACCCCAACGCCGAUCACAACUGCUGGCAAAGGCCGGAAGACAUGGACACUCCCAGAACAGUUUAUGCGGUCACUCCCGACAAGCCAGGAUCCGAAGUGGCCGCAGAGACCGCCGCAGCGCUGGCUGCAGCGUCUUUGGCGUUUAGGGCUUUCGGACAUGAGGCCUAUGGUAUUCGGCUUUUGAAAAGGGCUGUUAAGGUAUUUAAGUUUGCUGACAAGUAUAGAGGGACUUACAAUGACAGUAUUGGUGAAGGAGCAUGUCCUUUUUAUUGUGAUUACAGUGGCUAUGAAGAUGAAUUGUUGUGGGGCGCAGCAUGGCUAUACAAGGCCACCAAUAAGGUGUAUUACUGGAAUUAUGUGAAGGAAAACAUCAUAACCUUCAAAGCCCAGAUCGAAGGAGCCAAUUUCGAAUUCGGUUGGGAUUCUAAACAUGCUGGAAUCAGUGUUCUUGUCUCCAAUUGGGUGCUUAAUAACAGCACCGAAGCUUCUACAACACCUUUCCUCUCCUAUGCAGACUCAUUUAUGUGUUCUCUUAUGCCCGAAUCUCCCACUAAAACAGUCCAAUUCACUCCUGGUGGGCUUUUGAUGAAAGGAGGAAGGUGCGAUUUGCAGCAAGUCACCUCCAUCUCAUUUCUUGUAUUAGCCUACACUAAUUACUUGAAGAAUUCUACACAUGUGAUUCAGUGCAACGAUAAAACCAUCAAUCAAACCCAACUCUUGAAUUUUACAAAAAAUCAGGUGGAUUAUAUACUAGGAAGCAAUCCAUUGAACAUGUCUUACAUGGUGGGGUACGGUGAUAAGUUUCCAAGGAGGAUACACCACCGGGGUUCGUCAAUACCAUCGUUGGCACAACACCCCGACCACAUAGCAUGCAAGGAAGGGACGCCGUAUUUCGCUAGCACAGCAUCCAACCCUAACGAGCACACAGGGGCGGUAGUCGGAGGCCCGGAGAUAGACGACUCCUUUGCCGAUGCUCGUGCCUACUCCUCCAAAUCGGAACCCACCACUUAUAUCGUGUCGCCGCUUGUUGGCUUAUUGGCUUAUUUUUCGGAGGCCGCCGCUCACUAG